AUGAGUGGGGACGAUGCUGGGAGUGAAGGCAACGUCAAAUCGAUUGUAGAUAUGAGAAAAAUAAAAAGACGAGUCCAAUUUAAAGUCAGAUGGUCUGAAGAAGAGAAAAUAUUAGAUGAAAAUGGCAAUGAAAUGCACAGACCAGACGAAUGGAUAAAUUAUAGAGACAUAUCGGCAAAUUAUACAAUUAUCGAAUUUUUUAACGAAACUGCAGAUUCUGAAAAAUAUGAAAUAUUUAAAAAACUCUAUCCAAAAUCUUAUGUUGUAAAAGAAAUUGAAAAAGCUUAUGCAGGCAAAGCAUACAAUUCAAAUGACGAAUCAGAAAAUUCUAGCGAUUCUCCGCAAUUUAUUCAACAAGUUGAUGAAGUAAUAAAUAUAGAUGAUAGUGAUUCGGAUGAAUCAGAUGACAGUCCUAAAAUAUUAGAAGCUACUACAAUUGAUGCUAAAAAACAAAAAUCAAAACCAUCAGACGAUCCAGUAUUAAUAACCGACAAAAAGAAAAAGAAAUCAAGAAAAGUAAAAGAUCCAAUCCUCAUAUCUCAUAAUUCAGACAAUAGCUCGGAUAAAUCAGAUCUUGAGAAAGAUCUCAAAUAUAUUGAAGAAUUGCAAAAGAAAACCCUACAAUCAAGAGAAUCUCCGAAGAAAGAAUUGCAAAUUCCAGAUAAUAAAAUAACAGUUUUGCCAAUACAAGUAAUGAAACCAGUUGAAAAAGAAGAAAAACCAACACCAGUUAAUAGUAAUCAAAAACAGCCUCAUCCAAAACGAAAAAAGAUUCAAAUAGGAAAAUCUAAUGCAAAACUAAUCGAAAUUACUUGCUCUCCAGAAGAGAAUUACAAUUAUGAAAUUAAUGAUGCGGAAAUCAAUGUUGGGGAGAUUAAUAAUGAGGAUACCACAAAACCAUAUCUUUACCAAGUCAGGAAAAUCAUAGAUAUUAUUAAUGAUUCUGAUGAAAUGUGGGCAAUUUUGGAAGUUGCUGAUGAACCUGAACCGAAGAGGGUAAAAUUAUGUUAUGCCAGAUAUCUAUGGCCCGACCAGGUGAUAAACUACUUAAUGGACCAAGUUCUAACCAAAUCUGAUAAUAAUUUUACUCCAGAUUUGCAAUCUAAUAAAAAAGAUGAGCUAAAUUUGUUGAUAGAGAGAGAACUUGCCAAAUAA